AUGACAUCAAUUGGUACAGGUUACGAUCUCUCCAACUCGGUGUUCUCGCCAGACGGCCGGAAUUUCCAGGUCGAGUACGCUGUGAAGGCAGUUGAGAAUGGAGGUACUGCCGUCGGCAUCAGGUGCAAGGAUGGUGUGGUGCUGGCAGUGGAGAAGAUCAUCACCAGCAAGCUUCUAAAACCAGGAGCCAACAAGAGAAUCGCGACAGUCGAUCGUCAUGUCGGCAUUGUUUCUGCUGGACUAGUUCCCGAUGGCCGUCACUUCGUUUCCAGAGCUCGAGAUGAGGCUUCCUCGUGGAGAGGCGUAUACAAAGGCCCCAUCCCGACCUCGGCGCUUGCCAAUCGCUUAGGAGGAUACGUGCAGGCCUAUACGCUUUACUCCAGCGUACGGCCGUUUGGUGUAACCGCGAUCGUUGGUGGCUGGGAUACCGAGGCAGAACUCGCCGUUGAUGGACAGGUUGGCAGCGGACCCGAGUCAGGCUCUGGUGGAAAGGUCCCAGGCGCCAAGGCGGGAGGGCCUGGCCUCUACAUGAUCGAGCCCAGUGGAUUGUAUUGGGGUUAUUACGGUGCUGCUACCGGCAAAGGACGACAGGCCGCCAAAGCCGAGCUGGAGAAAUUAGACCUAACCUCUGGCAAUCUGUCUCUGGCAGAUGGCGUGAAGGAAGCUGCCCGCAUCAUCUACGUUGCCCACGAAGACAGCAAGGAUAAGGAAUUCGAGCUGGAGAUGACAUGGAUCAGCUCAGUUGAUGGGCCUACCAAGGGCCGCCAUGAGGAAGUUCCCAAGGAGCUCCUUGAAGAAGCAGAGAAAGCCGCACGGCGGGCCCUGGAAGGGGAUGACGAGGAGGAGGAAGACAAGGGUCAAGGUGAACAGAUGGAAGAGUAA